UCAAAGUUAAAUAAGAAAAAUAUCAUUCAAAAGAAACAAUAAUCAUGAAACUCUUAGAACAAAUGGUAUACGUAGAAUGUUUUAUGAUAAUAAUGGCUACAUUGUUAGUGUCCAUGAGUUACGGUCAUCGAGCGAUGAUUAAUGAUGUAGCCGAAGCACCCGUGAUUGACAAUGUAGGCAGCCCAACCAACGGACUCGACAGUUCUUGGUAUGAUGCACGAGCAACAUUUUACGGUGAUAUCCAUGGUGGAGAAACUCAACAGGGAGCCUGUGGAUACGGUGAUUUAUUCAAACAAGGCUAUGGUCUAGAGACAGCGGCAUUGAGCACAGCACUCUUCAACGAAGGGUAUACAUGUGGGGCUUGUUACCAGAUCAUGUGUGUGCACGACCCACAAUGGUGUUUACCCGGAACCAUCAAGAUUACAGCAACAAAUUUCUGUCCACCAGAUUACUCCAAAACCGAAGGCGUUUGGUGCAACCCACCACAAAAGCACUUUGACCUCUCCCUACCAAUGUUCCUCAAGAUCGCCCAAUACAAAGCUGGAGUUGUCCCAGUUAAAUACAGACGUAUUUCUUGUGCAAGAACUGGUGGUGUCAAGUUUGAAACCAAAGGAAACCCUUAUUUCUUAAUGAUCUUGCCAUACAAUGUAGGAGGCGCUGGAGAUAUCAAGUUGAUGCAAGUUAAAGGAGACAAGACCGGGUGGAUAACAAUGCAAAAGAACUGGGGACAAAACUGGACCACUGGUGUUAAUUUGACUGGUCAGGGUAUUUCAUUCAGGGUUACGACGAGUGAUGGGGUUACAAAAGAUUUUAAUAAUGUGAUGCCAAACAAUUGGGGAUUUGGACAGACUUUUGAUGGAAAGAUUAACUUUUAGGAGAAUGAUUUCAGUUUUGUAUGCCAAUGAUUAAAAAUAAAUGAUAUUAUUUAUACUACUU